AUGUACAAGAUGCUGUAUAAUACCAAACGUGUUACAGGUACACCUCCUUGGUCAGGAACAUACCCAGCUGAUAACUGUAAAAUUGAAGUCAAAUUGAGACAGGGCUAUGAAGAACUGGAAAAACAGCUGAAAGCAAUCUUUAAGGAAAGGAGCAACAUACUUCAUCAGCUAUUAAAGAAUUCUAAAGAACUUCAGGGGAUUAAAGURAACCUCCAGUCUUUAAAAAAUGACGAAGCAUCAACCAAAAACGAUAUGCAGAAACUUCUGGAGCUGGGCCAAAAGCAAAGGGAAGAAAUGAAAUCUCUCCAGGAAGCCUUUCAAAAACAACUUAAUGAGGCAGCUGAGAAAGCAGAGAAGCAGCAGGCUACCAUUAACUUUUUGAAGACUGAAAUGGAAAGGAAGAGCAAAAUGAUCCGAGACCUCCAGAAUGAGAACAAAAGCCUCAAGAACAAGCUCCUGUCAGGAAACAAGCUUUGUGGUAUUCAUGCAGAAGAGUCRAAAAAGAUCCAAGCCCAGCUGAAAGAGCUUCGUUAUGGGAAAAAGGAUUUGAUUUUUAAGGCACAGCAGCUGACAGAUCUGGAGCAAAAGCUGGCAGUGGCAAAAGAGGGGUUGGAAAAAGCAGCCCUUGACAAA